UAAAAAUAAUAAAAAAAUAUGAAGAAUCUCUAAUUGAGAAUUUCCAUCUUCACUCUAUUUUCUCACCAGAUUCAAUUCCCCCACCAAUUUCUCUUUCCUCCAGAAGUCGGGCGCCAUUGAAACUCUUCCUCAAGCUUUUCUAUCUCCUUUUCUCUACUACCUCGAUCUUAUCGGAAACCCUAAAUUUAUUAUAUAUCUCUCUCUAAAUACCUUGAAUUGAAUGAAUUUCCAGUUUUAGUAAAACUACAACUUUGUAGUUUGUUGGAAAAAUAGCCUUUUUCUGGCAAUGCAACUCUGCCUUUCAACAACCUGCCUCUCCACGGAGGACUGUUUUAGAAUUCGAUCUUUUUCUUCGCAAAUUCAAAUUCAAAUUCAAAUUCAAAUUCAAGCGAUUUGUGAUUCUCAGUUUGAUUGUUUUGAACGAAUUUGCUGCUGCUGCAAUGGCUGCUGCCGAUUCUUAUAAUUCGAUUCUUUGUAAUGCGGGCGCCGGUGCUGCUGCUGGUGUAAUUGCAGCUUCUUUUGUUUGUCCUUUAGAUAUUAUUAAAACUAGACUCCAGGUUCAUGGACUUUCAACCCUUGGGAAUGGAGCUGCAAAAGGUAGCGUAAUUGUUUCUAGCUUAGAACAGAUAUUUUAUAAAGAGGGUUUGCGUGGAAUGUAUCGUGGUCUUUCUCCUACCGUCUUGGCUUUGCUUCCUAAUUGGGCGGUGUACUUUACUAUGUACGAACAGCUUAAGAGCCUUCUUGGAUCUGAUGUAGAUGGUAAUCAUCAACUUUCAGUGGGUGCAAAUAUGAUUGCGGCUUCUGGAGCUGGUGCUGCUACAGUCACUGUUACAAAUCCUCUUUGGGUUGUAAAGACGAGAUUUCAGACACAAGGAAUGAGAAAGGGUGUGGUUCCGUACAAGAGUACUUUUUCUGCUUUAAGGAGAAUAGCGCAAGAGGAGGGUAUUCGUGGAUUAUAUAGUGGCCUGGUCCCUGCAUUGGCUGGAAUCAGUCAUGUGGCUAUCCAAUUUCCUAUAUAUGAGCAAAUUAAAAGUUAUUUGGCUGACAAAGAUAAAAUUGCCACUGAUAAGAAUUAUAAGAUUCCGGCGCGUGAUGUUGCGAUUGCCUCAUCAGUCUCGAAGAUAUUUGCAUCUUCAUUGACAUAUCCGCAUGAGGUGGUUCGAUCACGGCUUCAAGAGCAAGGGCACCACUCAGAGAAACGGUACUUAGGGGUUAAUGAUUGCGUGAGGAAAGUGUUUCAACAAGAAGGCAUAUCUGGAUUUUACCGUGGUUGUGCCACUAAUCUGCUUAGGACUACACCAGCUGCUGUGAUCACCUUUACCAGCUUCGAGAUGAUACACCGGUUUUUGUUUAAUACGUUAAAUCCUGACACGCAGCCUCAUACACUUUAAAUUUGAGAUGGAGUUUUGCCUGUUCUGCUACCUUUGAUGAAUUACUGUGGAUAAGCCAACCUGCAACCAUAAUUUUCUCUCAAUUCUUUGGUAGCCUAGGAACUAGGUUUACCGCCAGAUAGGAAAGUAUAUGAAGCUCAUUUUUUUCACAGAAUGUAGGGGGUGAGAUUGCUACAAAAGCAACAAUGAUGAUGGUUAUGAUGAUGAUGAUGAUGAUGAUGAUGAUGAUGAUGAUGAUGAUGAUGAUGAUGAAAAUGUUUUUAAGUAGAUUCUCUAAGUUAUCGGUUAACUUUGCAAAGGCUGUGACAAUAUUCAUAACUGUAAAAGAAGCAUAAUUUUAGCUUUUGUUAGUAUUGAGCAUCGAGUGCUGCAGAUGUACUUGUGUUUUACGCUGAGAAUUUUGUGUACAGAAAGCUCUUUAACCUAUGAUUUUGGUGUGUUA